AUGUCGUUGUUAUUACAGAAGAAAGCUGUCAAUAUAAUUAUACAGCUCAGAUCCUAUAUUGGUUCAAACAUCAAGGUGUCGAACCCAAACAUUUAUAAUGGUUUGAGCGUUUCUCACAAGUUUAAUUGUACAAAAUCGAUAUGCCUUUAUUCGACAAAAGGGAAUAAAGAUGGAAAAAUUUUAGAAGAAUUUUCAACUAAGAAAAAAGAUAUGCUACAUCGAAUGAUAUCAAAAUCUAAAUUACUAACAAAACUGAAUUCACAUCCAAACUUUAAAAACUAUUUUGAUAGAAUAUCACAAACUGGUACUGUAUCAACUGUCACUGGAUUUUUACUUCUGCACGAGUUAAGUGCGAUUGUACCAUUAUUUGCUCUAUGGUGGAUUUUGUAUCAUUCAAAUAUUCAUGAUACAUUGGUUUUACCAGAAAUUUUACAUAAUUUGAUGGAGUAUUGCAGUGAUGUGAUGAAUAGAUUCGUUGGUGAUAAAUAUCCAGAUCUUGAUAGGAAAAGAAUUAUAUUCACAGGAGCUUUAUCAUAUAUGACUGUGAAAGUAUUAUACCCGAUUAGAAUUUUAUUAAGUUUAUGGGCUGCUCCAUAUUUUGGUAAUUUAUUAGUGUCACCUUUUAGAAAACUAAUUAAAUUAUCAAGGAAAAAAUAG